AUGCCACCAGCCAGCUCAUCUUUCACGGCUCUCAAUGUGCCGAGCGACCUCGUACCGGAGUACAUGGGAUCAUUCACGCUUGCCGCACCUCCAAACACGGAUUUGUGGAGGAAGCCACCUUCCCGAGACACAUCAACGGCACCCAUACUGUACACAGCGUUGCGCAACCCGUUCAUAGCCGCCGAGGUCACUGUCUCUGCCGAAUGGGAACUGGAAUGGGACCAAGGAGGACUCGUCAUAUUUGCAGGUGCACCGCCAGGGCGCACAACGCCAAUAGCAGCAACACCAGAAACACCCGGUGUCGUGUCUUCUUCGCUCAACGAUGGCGCAACAACUUGCAUGCCAAGGCCAGAUACACAUCACAGAGGGACAGAUUCCAACUCGCGGAUACCAAUUCCAGAUCUAGGCCACCAACCUCCGCGACCUCGCAGUCCCCCACCAGCCUACGUUGCGCCCGCGCCAGCAUCAAAAUGGGUCAAGGUCGGUCUCGAGUUCUGCAACAAUGCCUGCCACGCAACCUCAGUGGUCGCCAAUUCUGAAGGCGCAGAUUGGUCCUUGACUUCCCUGCCUCAGUACCAUGCUCGACGUCAAGAUCUUCGCGUCAAGAUCGAACGCAUUGGCUACGCGUUAUGGGUCUGGUACGAAGACGAGAUGCUCGGGUGGAAGAAGCUCAGGGAGGUUACGUGGUUCUUUUGGGGCGUGGAAGACAAAGCCGUAAGAGUGGGUGUGUACGCGAGUAGGCCUGCGAAUUUCGGAAUCAGUGUGUUUGAUAGGAGAAACGGGGGAAGCAAUGUGGGGACAAGGAAUCUGUGCAUAGAAUUUGAGGGGUUGGAGAUCUUCUAA